AUGCUGGAAGGAGUCCAGGUUUCGGCUGACGCGGAUCAGUGGUCCUGGUUUCCUGACUCGAAUGGAGAAUUCACGGUUAAGUCUGUUAAGAAACUGUUGCUUGAGGAAGCAGGUCUUAGGAACGACUCGGUUAUGGAGUGGUGCAAAUGGCUCCCCGCGAAAGUUAACAUUCAUGUGUGGAGAUCGAUGUCGGAAAGUAUUCCCACGGGUGAAGCUCAUAAGAAAAGGAAUGUUUUGGUUGGAGAUUCCUCGUGUCUGCUGUGCAACUCGGCAGAUGAGACUGCUGAACACCUCUUCACGGCUUGCUUUACUGCGGCAACCGUUUGGAAUGGUAUCACUUCAUGGUGUAAGAUUUCGAAUAUCAUUGCUUUUUCUGUCAAAGAUCUCGGUAUUCAUAACGAGAUUGUCGGUUCGGAGAGGAAGAAGGAAGCGGUUAAAGGUAUUAUAAGUAUUGCUUGUUGGAGUAUAUGGCGUGCUAGGAACAAUGUCAAAUUCUAUAACGUUCCGGCUAGGAUAGAGAAUAUAUUGAGUGAGGUUAAAGCUCUAGGAUUUUUGUGGUUCUCUAAUAGAUCAAAGCAUAGAGGGGUAGAAUGGUAG